GGCUUGGCGUUCUCGGGGGACGCGACUUCCAUGGCUGCAGCCAGCGUGACCCCUCCCGGCUCCCUCGACGUGCUGCAGCCCGGCUUCUCCAAGACCCUCCUGGGGACCAAGCUGGAGGACAAGUACCUGUGCUCAGCCUGUAAGAACGUCCUGCGCAGGCCCUUCCAGGCACAGUGUGGCCACCGCUACUGCUCCUUCUGUCUGAGCAGCAUCCUCAGCUCCGGGCCCCAGAACUGCGCUGCCUGUGUGCACGAGGGCAUCUACGAAGAAGGCGUUUCGGUUUUGGAGAGCAGCUCGGCUUUCCCUGACAAUGCUGCCCGCAGGGAGGUGGAGAGCCUGCCAGCCAUCUGCCCCAGCGACGGCUGCACCUGGAAGGGGACCCUCAAAGAGUACGAGAGCUGCCACGAAGGACUCUGCCCGUUCCUGCUGACCGAGUGCCCGGCGUGCAAAGGCCUGGUCCGCCUCGGCGAGAAGGAGCGCCACGUGGAGCAGGAGUGCCCACAGAGGAGCCUCAGCUGCCAGCACUGCCACGCUGCCUGCUGCUUGGCCGACGUGCAGGCGCACCACGAGGUCUGCCCCAAGUUCCCUGUGACUUGCGGGGGCUGCGGCCAGAAGGUCCCACGCGAGAAAUUUCAGGGCCACCUCAGGACGUGUGGCAAGUGCCCGCUGCCCUGCCGGUUCCACGACGUCGGCUGCCCUGAGAUGGUGAGCAGGCCUCCUGGGCGUCGCCAUCUCCCACAUGUGGGCCCUUCCGCCCUGGAGAAGAAGACGGCCACCUUCGAGAACAUCGUCUGCGUGCUGAACCGGGAGGUGGAGCGGGUGGCCAUGACCGCCGAGGCCUGUGGCCGGCAGCACCGGCUGGACCAGGACAGGAUUAAAGCCCUGAGUAACAAGGUGCAGCAGCUGGAGAGGAGCAUCGGCCUGAAGGACCUGGCAAUGGCCGACCUGGAGCAGAAGGUGCAUGAGAUGGAGGCGUCCACCUUCGACGGCGUGUUCGUCUGGAAGAUCUCCGACUUCACCAGGAAGCGCCAGGAGGCCGUGGCCGGCCGCACCCCUGCCAUCUUCUCGCCAGCCUUCUACACCAGCAGGUACGGCUACAAGAUGUGCCUGCGCGUGUACCUGAACGGGGACGGCACGGGGCGCGGCACACACCUGUCUCUCUUCUUUGUGGUGAUGAAGGGCCCCCAUGACGCCCUCCUGCGCUGGCCCUUCAACCAAAAGGUGACCCUCAUGCUGCUUGACCAGAACAACCGGGAGCACGUGAUCGACGCCUUCAGACCCGACGUGACCUCGUCCUCUUUCCAGAGGCCGGUCGGCGACAUGAACAUUGCGAGCGGCUGCCCCCUCUUCUGCCCCGUCUCCAAGAUGGAGGCCAAGAACUCCUACGUGCGCGACGACGCCAUCUUCAUCAAGGCCAUCGUGGACCUGACGGGGCUCUAGCACCUCCCCUGGGGUCAGGGCCAGGGCACCUGGCCCGCGCGUGGGGACAGCGUGGUGACAGCGACCGUGCUGGCCUGAGCCUCACCUCAGUGGGCAGCCAUGCUCACAUCUACCCCCAGGAGAGAGCGUCUCCAGGGGGCCCUCAGCCCCAGGUCCUGCUGGGCCGGGCGCCUGGAGAGCCCUGCAGGCCGCCUGGGGGUGCUCGGGGCCCUGGCCAGGUGGCAGGAGCUCUGGGCGAGGCGGCAGAGGGCAGGCGGGCCGUGUGGGAGUCGCCCCAGUGAGGGGCCCAGUGCCUGUCCCGCCCGUGGGUCCUGGAGACCAGGACAGUUUGGGGCUGGGCGCAGCUCUGCGGGACCUGCUGUGCCAGCCGGGCCGGGCGGUGGCUCGUCCUGAGAGCAUCCCGCCACUGCCGGUGGCAUGUGCAGGCCACGGUCAGUCUCCCCGAGACUGUCGCUGGCCCGUGAAGCUGGGAAGUCGUCAUUAAAUCGUUAACCUGUGGUGA